AUGGGGCAUCGUGGCCCCUUCGCUGGCCCUCGUGUCCUGGAGCCCAAGGCCGUCCAGCAGGGCUUCUGCAUGGGGAAACUGGGAAUCAAAGUGGUGCAAGGAGUAAAAAAGGCCCUGGGAGGAGAAAUGGUGCAGGGUCUGGUGUGGCGGCACCUGCUCCUGGGCUGGCAGCAGGAGGAGGAGGAGGAGGAAGCAGACAUGGAGAGCAGCAUGAAGCCCGUGGUGGUCGAAGAGCCGCCGCGCUGCUGCGGCGGCUGCGGUGGCUGCGGCUGCGGCGGCUGCGGCUGCGGCUGCCUCCGCGGCUGCCUCUGCUUCCUGCCGCGCCUGCUCUGCUCCCUGCCCCGCAAGCUGCUCGGCUGCCUGCACUGCCGCUGCCUGCUGCUCGUCGUGCUCGUCUCGCUGCUGCUCGCCAUCAUCGUCGUCGGCUUCCUGCUCAUGUGGCUGCGCGCGGCCCCGCGCACCGAGGACGUGAGUAAGGCGCGGGGGAGCCUGGCCUGGCCGUGGCUCCCCAUGAGGGUGCAGGACCAAGCGGCCACCUUCUACGUGGACAGCGGCACCGGUGGCCCGGCCACCGUCAUCUACGACUACGAGCACCUGCUCAUCAGCUACCGCUCCUGGCGUCACCCGGCCUGCUACGUCACCCGCAUGGAUCGCAACAACAUCCAGGGGCUGGACGCCGUCACCGCCGCCUUCGAGCGGCGGCAGGCUGAGCGGGCGCUCUCGGAGCCGCUGGGCGAUCGUUCCCUGCUGAGCACUGCGGCCAAUGUCCUCUGCAGCGUCCUCCCCGUCUACUGGGCCUAGAAGGUCUGGAGUGUCCCCUCGUCCCAUG